AUGUCCCCCAUCGCAGAAGAAAAGAUAAUGGGCGUCGAGCGCCAUGUUGAGAAUACCGCGCCCGUCAAAGUUGAUGACGACACUGAGGACACUUUUCGCCCACCGUCUAUUGGCCUUGCAGUGUGGCAGAAGCUUCUCGGUGUCGGCGUGGAGCUACGAGGCCUCGAGCCCGUUCCCUUAGACAAGCGGACCGAUCGUCGCUACAUCAAUAUAUGCACGAUUUUGGCAGCUUCCAUGAUUAGUUUGUUGCCGCUUGGUAUUGGACUUGCACCCACUCUUGCGUAUGGGCUGUCAUUUUCACAUGCUGCGGCCAUGAUUAUCUGCCUGCAGUUUGUGCUUAUCAUCCCAUCUGCUUAUAUCGCCACCAUUGCUCCCAAGACAGGCAUGAGACAAAUGGUCCAAGCACGAUAUUCCUUUGGAAAGUACUUCAACGGCUUCAACUCGCUUCUAGUUACUCUUGGAAGCGCUGGUUUUGGAAUUAUUGCUUGUGUUCAAGGGUCCCAGGUUCUCACAUCUAUCAAUCCCGAAAGGCUCCCUAUUGCCGUCUCAAUCACCAUUAUGAUGUUGGUAUCGCUGUUCCUUAGUUUCAUGGGCUAUAGCGUUCUUCAUUUUUUCGCGCGCUGGGCCUGGACUGCCACCCUAUUCGCUAUCGUCGUUCUUACAGGCACAUCAGGAGACAAGCUAUACCAGCAGGCUCCACCUAGGGCACAAGGCGCUCCGCCUUAUAUGGGUAUGGUGGCAUUGGCAGCUGCUAACAUGUUAACUUGGGUCAACAUCAUUGGUGAUUAUGCUUCAUAUAUGGCACCAGAGGCUCCAUCUAUCCUUAUAAUGUGCUAUGUCGUCGCAGGCCUUGCUGUCCCUUUCUCGCUAUUGAUGCUUCUCGGAGCUGCGAUUGGAGGCGCUAUACCCGUUAUCCCGGCAUGGGCUGAGGCCUACAAGCUAGGCGGUAUUGGCGGUGUCAUUGGCCAUGUUCUCAUCGAGCGACUUGGUGGUUUUGGCAAGUUUAUCCUUGUCAUUCUAGCGUUCUCAGUUGUCACGACAUGUGCUCGGGAUCUCUAUACCGUCUCUUUCAACGUCCCCGCAAUUUUGCCACCUCUACGGGUAGUUCCCCGAAUCGUCUGGGCAAUAGUUGCCACUGGAGCGAUGAUCGGUGUUGCGAUCGCGGCUUCGGCGAGCUUCUUAGAGUCAAUGGCCUCCUUCCUUCACAUCUGUGGAUACACGGCAGGAACAAACGCUUGUAUCUACCUGGUCGAAUGGUUUUAUUUCCGAAAGGCAAACCCUGCUUCAAUGGAUCCCGCUAUCUGGGACGAUGCCAGGGCUUUGCCUUCUGGUAUCGCUGCAGCGGCCGCAACGUUCAUUCCCUGGGCGCUUAUUGUUCCAAGCAUGCAGUCUGCUUGGUAUACUGGACCUAUCGCUAAGAAAGCUGGAGAUUUGGGGUUUGAAUUUGCCGUGGUGGGUGCUCUGUUGGUGUAUGCUCCCGUAAGAGCGCUUGAGAUCAAGUACAGAGGACAUUUGUGA